CAUUCAUUCCCACCAGGGCCUAAAAAUGGCAGACACAAGCUCAGUUGGAAUAAUUUUGGACUUUCUAAGGAGGAAUCGGUUCACGAAAGCUGAGGCAGCUCUUCUCAGUGAACUCAAUAAUCGUCAUGACUUAAAUGGCUUCCUUGAGAAGCUUAACCUGGAAGAAAAGGCCUUGCAUAAGUCAGAAAAGGAUAAGGGCAAAUCUGUGGGAGACAAUCAAGGACUGGAUUCUCAUGACAAUGUUGAAGUUUCUGAGGAACUGAUUGUGAAGGAAAUAGAGUGUGGGAGUGGUGGAAAUGCAACAGAAAGCAAAAAUAAAAGUAUUUCUUUUAUUGGGGAAUGGAAAAAAACUAAUGAAGUGGUUGGGGCAAGUGACAAAUACUUUGCUUUACCCAAGAAUUCAGAGGAUAAGAUGCUUGAUCUAUACCCAAGGAAGUUAAAUUCUGGCAAUGGUCGUGUGGAGCCUCACCAAAAUGGCGGUGGUAGUGCCAGUAAUACUUCAAAGGCCAUGGUUUUUCAUCAAACAAGUGAAGUUCAUGAUAUGGCCAACAAUAAUGCAAAAUCUGCAGAGGGAAAUGCUGUGACUACUGAGAUACAGUUCUCAUGGCCUGGAAGUAACAACAGAUCCUCUGCGGAACAUAGAUAUCAUGGUGAGCAACCCAAAGAACCUAGUGAACAUGAUUGCCCACUGAAAUCGAAGAACUCAUCUUUUAAAGAGAACUUUGCAGAUAAUUUCUGGUCAAGAAAGGAUGAGAAUGAAAUUUCAUCUUCAGACCUGCAGAAUGAUUGUUCUGUCAAGGCUGCUUUUCCCCUCCCCAAGGGAGAUAUGUCUACAAGAUAUGAUGGUGCGGCUUUCUCUAAAAGAAUAGAGGGAAGAAGGACAGAAAUAAUUGGUGCCACGGAGGCAAUGAAAAUGCAGGUAGAUGAAGUAGCAAGAGCUAUUUAUGCAGUUGAUUUACAGGGAAAUUCAGAACAGAAGACCAUUGGCAGCUUAAAUUUUCCUGUUGCACCUGAGAAUCAAGAGGAGGAGUUACCAAGGCUUCCUCCUGUUAAUCUCAAGUCAGAGGACAGGCUCUUGGCUGUUAAUUGGGAGGAGAAAUUUGAGCAGGAUGAACCUGCUUCAAAAGUUGCCUUUGUUGACAACGAUUCUCUCAUAGGAUCAUAUUUGGAUGUUCCUGUUGGACAAGAAAUUAACCUUGCAGGAAUGAGGAGAGCUGCAGGGGACUGUUGGCUAUCUAUAAAUCAAGGGAUUACAGAGGAUACAUCGGAUCUUGUGUCUGGUUUUGCCACGAUUGGUGAUGGAUUGGGUGAAUCUGUUGACUAUUCUAAUGAAUAUUGGGACUCUGAUGAAUAUGAAGAUGAUGACGAUGUUGGCUACAUGAGACAACCUAUUGAGGAUGAGGCCUGGUUUUUGGCACACGAAAUUGAUUAUCCGAGUGACAAUGAAAAGGCAACUGGGCAUGAAAGUGUUCCAGAUACUCAGGACAGAGGUCCGGUCAAAGAUGAAGAUUAUAAUCAAUUUUUUGGUGAAGAUUCUUACUUCUCUGGAGAGCAGUAUGUUCAACAAAAGAAUGUUGAACCAGUCAUAAUGUCAGAUGAUUCAAUUGGUUUGACGAUAACUGAAAUGUAUGGAAGCACUAAAGAGAAUGGAUUAAUGGUUCGGUAUGAUGGACAAUCGAUGGAUGAAGAGCUGAAUAUAAUGCCUGCAAAACCUGUCUGGCAGGGCUUUGUCCCUCAGACAAAUGAAUUGGUCCUGCUAGGAGAUGGGCAGGCUCUGAAUAACAGGGAAAGAUCACAACUCGUGGAUAUAUGCAUUGAUGAUUAUCAGCAUGGUUCAGUUAGGUCAAUUGGGGUGGGGAUCAACAGUGAUGCUGCGGACAUUGGCAAUGAAGUUCGUGAAAGUUUGGGUGGUGGUAGCAGGGAAGGGAAUUUGGAAUAUCCCUGUGAUUGUGAUGUAGGACAUGGUUGUUCCAGACACUCCCAGCAUGAUUUGGAUAAAAAGUCUAUUAAUAAAUUGAACAAAAAUAAGCAGAAAAAUGGCAAGAGUGAGGUAAGUAAGUAUGUCACCGGGGAUGAUAAAGGUGCAUUCUUGCAGAUUAAUGGUCAUUCUGAUGGAAGCUUCUCAUAUCCUCAAUCACCAAAAGGUGGCCAGAUAAUCCAGGCUGGUUCCAGUAAGCCCCUAUGGUCAGAUAACAGCAAUGCUGAUGAACAUGAUGACUAUCUUAAUGCAUAUGUGAGAUCUAAUGACAUGCUUACUUCUUGGGACCAGAAAAGCGGUGAUUCUUCACCCAUUAAAAGUUUAAGGAAUGAGAAUAAUGCUAAUGAAGUAAGAUCAACUAACUCUUCUCCAACAGCAGUCUCAAAUUAUGGAUAUACUGAAAAAGCGCAGGUUAUGUUAGAAGAAGAUGAACAAGUUGACAUUGCAGGGGAAGAAGAUUUAGGGACAUUGCUGGAGGAUGAAGAUGCUGCUGCUGUUCAAGAGCAAUUAAAGCAAAUAAAGGCUCAGGAAGAGGAGUUUGAAACCUUCAAUUUAAAGAUUAUGCAUAGGAAAAACAGAACUGGCUUUGAGGAGGACAAGAAUUUCCAUGUUGUUUUAAAUUCUGUAAUAGCUGGCCGCUAUCAUGUUACUGAGUAUCUGGGAUCUGCUGCGUUCAGCAAAGCCAUACAAGCUCAUGACUUGCAUACAGGCAUGGAUGUUUGUGUUAAAAUAAUAAAGAACAACAAGGACUUCUUUGACCAAAGCCUUGACGAGAUUAAGCUUCUCAAGUAUGUCAAUAAAUAUGAUCCUGCAGACAAGUAUCACAUUCUUCGGUUGUAUGAUUAUUUCUAUUAUCGAGAACAUCUGUUAAUAGUGUGUGAACUACUUAAAGCCAACUUAUAUGAGUUUCAUAAAUAUAAUAGAGAAUCAGGGGGCGAAGUAUACUUCACAAUGCCGAGAUUGCAGUCAAUUACAAUUCAGUGUUUGGAAGCGCUUCAGUUUUUGCACAGCCUUGGACUAAUACAUUGUGACCUGAAGCCAGAGAAUAUUUUGGUGAAAAGCUAUAGUAGAUGUGAGGUGAAGGUCAUUGAUCUUGGGAGUAGUUGUUAUGAGACUGAUCACCUUUGCUCAUACGUCCAGUCCAGGUCCUAUCGUGCUCCUGAGGUUAUAUUGGGACUUCCAUAUGACAAGAAGAUUGAUAUAUGGUCACUUGGCUGCAUUUUGGCAGAACUUUGCACUGGCAAUGUCCUCUUUCAAAAUGAUUCACCUGCAACAUUACUUGCUCGGGUGAUUGGCAUCAUUGGUCUAAUUGAUCAAAGUAUGCUCACCAAAGGAAGGGAUACAUAUAAGUACUUCACCAAAAAUCAUAUGCUUUACGAAAGGAAUCAGGAAACCAACAGGUUAGAAUACUUGAUUCCCAAGAAGACAUCUUUGAGGCACAGAUUGCCAAUGGGAGACCAAGGCUUCGUUGACUUUGUUGCUUAUUUGCUUGAGGUUGAGCCAAAGAAGCGGCCUUCUGCUACAGAGGCCCUUAAGCAUCCAUGGUUAUCAUACCCAUACGAACCCGUAUCAUCUUGAUGCAUUUGAA